AGGCUGAUGUGUCCUCUCCCAGAAACCGUGAACCAGCUGGACAUGACGGACAGACCGGUGUGCUGUCCAACGCCGGGGCCUGUUUCCCUAAGCAAGAUCCCGAGCGUGGUGGCAGUCACAUGAUCUCGACAGAUGACUUGGAAUAUCCACGGGAGUACCGGACGCUGGGGAACAGCGCUCGGCGUUUCUCCAAUGUGGGCCUGGUGCACACGUCGGAGCACCGCCACACCGUCAGCGCCGCCCAGAGCCUGGAGGCCCUGACCAACUUGCACAAGGCCGACAUGGAACGCAAGAGGGAUGCCUUCAUGGAUCACCUGAAGAGCAAGUACCAGCAGCAGCAGCAGCUGCAGCAUGCGCAUCACAGCCCACACCACAACCCGCCAUCGCCCUCACCCUCCCACGCCAGCAUGAGGGGCACGUCAGAGCGGUCUGCACGUGAGCAGCAACAGCCCAACUACUGGAGCUUUAAGAGCCGCAGUCCACGGCAUUCCCAGUCUACCCAGUCUGGGCUUGCCGACCAGGCCGCCAAGCUCUCCUUUGCCUCCGCUGAAUCCCUGGAGACCAUGUCGGAAGCCGACAUCCCCAUCGGAUUCAACCGGAUGAACCGCUUUCGCCAGAGCUUGCCGCUGUCCCGCUCUGCCAGCCAGAAUAAGCUACGAUCUCCAGGCGUGCUGUUCCUGCAGUACGGGGAUGAGACACGCCGGGUGCAUAUUACUCACGAGCUGAGCAGCCUGGACACGCUGCAUGCUCUCAUCGUCCACAUGUUCCCUCAGAAGUUGACAGCGGGUAUGCUGAAGUCACCCAACACAGCUAUCUUGAUCAAGGAUGAGGCGCGUAACGUCUUCUACGAGCUGGAGGACGUCCGCGACAUCCAGGACCGCAGCAUCAUCAAGAUUUACCGCAAAGAGCCCAUCUACGCUUCCUACCCUGCUGCUGCACACCUGGCUAACGGAGACCUGAGGAGGGAGAUGGUGUACUCGUCUCGCGACUCCUCCCCAACUCGCCGCCUCAACACCCUCCCCUCCUCUACGGCCUCGGCGUCUUCUGGCUCUCCAUCUCGCUCACGCCUUUCCUACAGCGGUGGACGCCCUCCCUCCUUCGCAGGGUCCCAUUCCCAGCAUGAACAGCCCCGACACCCCCACCAUCCCUCAGCUGGCCAUGGUGCCAAUGCGGGCCUUUCUUCUUCACCCAGCGCCAUCCUGGAGCGCCGUGACGUCAAGCCUGAUGAAGAAGUUUCAGCGAAAAACAUGGCAUUAAUGAAGAAUGAGGGGCUGUAUGCAGACCCCUACAGCUUGAUGCAUGAGGGCCGCCUCAGCAUCGCCUCCACCCAGUCUUUAGCUGCCAUCGGAGACCCCUUUAACUUCCCUGUUUCCAGUGGCCUGUACCGCCGUGGCUCUGUGCGGUCCCUCAGUACCUAUUCAGCCGCUGCUCUUCAAGGGGACCUGGAGGACUCCCUCUACAAGCCUGGAGGUUCGCUCUACUCUGACACAUACUCCUCAGCCACUCUGGGCAUGGGUUUUCGCAUGCCACCCUCAUCCCCACAGAAAAUCCCUGACAUGCAGCUGAGGGACAGGGACUCGUAUUCCAGCUCACCCAGCCGAGCCUCACCUGUCAGGCAGACUUUUCGCAAGGACUCAGCCUCCUCCUCUGUGUUUGUGGAGAGCCCGAAGUCGAGGCCCAGCUCCAGUUCAGAGCCUCUGUGUCUGACAGCCGGGCCCGGGGAGGGUAGCAGGGCCACGCCUGGUUUCGGUCCUUCAUUGUCUGGACAAGACUCUGACAGUAGCAGGGAUCAUCGUCUGGAGCGUAUGGAGGCCAUGGAGAAGCAGAUAGCCAGCCUGACGGGCCUGGUCCAGAGUGUGCUGACCAGAGCACCAGACAGUGACAGCACAUGCGGCCUGCUGCGUCUCUGCAUGAUGGCGGGCUGCCCUCCAGACCAAGGGACGGAGUUCUCACGGCCAUUACCUUUCUCUUCCAGCGAGAAGACCGAAACCAACAGUGACGGCUCCGCCACUGGAACUGGACGACUGAAGCAUAAAGCUCAUACGCCAUCGGCACCUCUAGCUCUGAUGCCGCCACCACCUUCUAACACAACCCAGGUGAACAGUGUGGGCCGCUUGCAGAUGCAGCUCCACCUGCACGGCCUGCAGCAAAAUGCCUCCGACCUACGCAAGCAGCUCACCCAGCUGCGCAAGAUACAGCUGGAGAACCAGGAUUCUGUGAAAACUCUACUGAAGCGGACAGGAGCUGAACUGAAUGUGCGCGUUGCCGACGCCCUGAGGAAGCAGGAGGAUCCUCUGCAGAGACAGCGCCUCCUGGUGGAGGAGGAGAGACUCAAGUACCUCAACGAGGAGGAGCUCAUCAUCCAGCAGCUCCAUGACCUGGAGAAGUCAGUGGAGGAGAUCCAGAAGGAGUCAUCUGUCAACCACAAGCUUGUGACAGUGCAGGAGCUGGAGGAGAAGGCCACUGUUCUGAGAAAACUGGGAGAAACACUCACAGAACUGAAAAAUCAGUUCCCAGGCCUGCAGAGCAAGAUGCGGGUGGUGCUCAGGGUAGAAGUGGAGGCUGUCAAAUUCCUGAAAGAAGAGCCACACAGACUCGAUGCCCUGUUAAAACGCUGCAAGACCAUAACUGACACCCUCGCCACCAUGCGCAAACAAGCGAAUGAGGGGGUGUGGAAGAAGCAGGAGGACUUCUCUAGUCCUUCAUCAAAGCACAACGAUGACUUGCGCAAGUUUGCAGACUUUGACAUUCCCACUAGCCCACCACUCACCAUCAAUGACCUUGGGGGAGGCAACAGCCUGUCCAACUGGAGCCCCCACUCCAGCCUCAGCCGAGGCCACGGGAACCCAUCCGGCCCUCACAAGGACAGUUAUCCUCCUGUUCCCCACAAGGGCAAAGCCCUGGAGGAGCUGGAGCGUCGUGCUGCUGCGGACAAAGCUUUGUCUGUAGAGGUCCGACUGGCAGCCGAGCGGGACUGGGAGGAGAAGCGGGCCAGUCUGACCCAGUACAGCGCUCAGGACAUUAACCGGCUGCUGGAGGAGACUCAGGCUGAGUUAAUGAAGGCUAUUCCAGACCUGGACUUUGCUGCUAAGCAGAUAAAGCCCUCCUCCAACACAACCUCCUCUCAGGCCCCUCAGAGUGGGGUGGCAACCCCAGAGCACCGUGUCAGCAAGCCCCAGCACAAGCUUUCUGGGAAAGAGGGAGGAUCCAGGCGUGGCUCUGAUGAGCUGACGGUGCCUCGAUAUCGCACAGAGAAACCCUCCAAGUCUCCUCCUCCGCCACCACCUAGACGUAGCUUCCCGUCUUCUCCAGGCUUGACCACCCGCAGUGGAGAGCCCCUCAUUCCUGGAAAAAGUAUAAAGAAGUCUGAAUCUGAAGAGACUGAAGGCCAGAAGCCUCAUGUAAAACUGAGGAGGACCGUGUCAGAAAACCCUCGCCCUGCGUCUACACCCCCCACACUGGCCUCUGGGGACAAGGAGGAAGGAAGGGAGGAGGAGAAAAUUGCUGCUGAAUUGGAGGAAAGUCGCUUGUCUCCUGUCCCCCACAUCGUGUUGACAGAGUGUUUGCCAGCUUCGCCUUCUGCCUCAGAGGAUCCCGUCAGAGAUUUAGCAAAUGACUCUGUGGAGGAGAGUCCAUCACGAGAUUGGACGGGUCAUCACACGGUCUAUGAGACUCCAAUUUCAGAGGAAAGGCAUUCAUUUGGAAGCUCUACUCAGCGAGAGCAGCAUUGUUUUAAACAGGAAAUGGAGCUAAAACAGGAGGUUGCCCUGCUGUUGACAGAGAUGGAAGUGAGGGUGGUGUCCUCUCUCGAGGCCCAGGAGCUCAGCAAGACUGCAGGAAAAGUUUUACAGACUCUGACCAUCUACCCACACACUAAAGAUGUCUCUGACGUUCUGCUGGCUGACAGACCUCUCCUAGUGCUCUUCAGGGAGGAAAAAACUGUCAGAGAGGCCUACAGGCUUCUGUAUUCCCUUCUGGAGUUAUCCAAGCCAGUUCCCAAACCCAGAAUAAAAUCCUCCUAUCACUCAGGCCAGCAGAGCUCUCUGGUUGAAGCUCUGAGACAAGGGAAAGAGACAGGGGACAGGAUGCUGGCACUUCCCCACAACACUGAAACUAAGAUGAUUCCUGAGGCACAGCAGGGUUUGGUAAACAGCAGUCUUGAGUCCAGUGGGUCGGCUAGCUCUGUGGACAGUCUAGUUAGUCGGACGAGAACGACAGAAGAUGUCCGACGCAGCACCUAUAGGAGGCUGGACAGCUUGGAGGAGACAAUUCGAGAGCUGGAGAACACCUUGAUAGAGAUCAGUGGCCAUCCAACUGCAGAGCAGCUCUACGCUGUGACAGCCAUCAAAAGUGCUUCUGCACAGAUUACUGGUAGUCCAACCUCAGGAGCCAAGAAGCCUCCAGUGCCACCAAAGCCGUCGUCUUUCAGCCCAGCAUCGAUCCAGGGAGGGAAUAGUUCCAGCAUCGGUAAAGUUUUCCAGUCCUCAGCUGCCUCCAAGCUGAAGCACCUGCAGCAGAACAGCACAGACAAGACUAAAAGUGGCAAAAGAGAGGACUUCCUGAAGAUCCAGGGCCAGCAGCAGCAGUGAGCAACCUGUCCGUGUCCAGCCUCUUCAGUUUCCCUCUUCUCAUCUACACCUGACUACAGACCUACAUAGUUCCAUCUGCCCCCAUCUACUUUUUCAGCUACCUUCACAUCUCCAGUGUUUUCUCAAAAAUCUACACUGAACCCCACUCUGUGUGCAUUUGAGGAUGUGUGUAUGUGUGUGUGUGUGUGUGUGCGCAAGCAUGCGUGCACGGGCAUGUUUGACUGUAAUGGUAAGGGAAGGUGCUGCAGGGGACAGUGCCCAGCCACAACCAAUUUUAAGGCUUUAAUUUUUCAUGGUUUCCCCUUUGAUCCCUGAAAACCUCAUCUAUUUACAUUCCUACCCUCCGCCUUCCUGUCUCCUGUGUCGGUGCUCUACCUGAAGGCCUUGGGGACCAACAGCACCAGUGGCAGUAUUGAGCCAUACCUCUCUGGUAUCAAAACGGGCAUUUUCUCAAGCCGAGUGCCCUCUCCUGCGGCAGCGUUUGCCCCUGGACUGAGGAAGUACCCCCAGGAGGGGGCAGUACCCUCCUUGACAGCCUCCUCCAGUCAAGCGAAGGCUCUGUUGGCAAGCCUGUCUGCCUCCGGCUUGAGCGCUGAGGCCCUGCUCCUCUCCUCCACCCUCCGUCAUCAUCGGCUUCUGCGCGAGCAGCGAUCCUCCUCCCUGCCUCUGCCCAGCAGCCAGUCCUCCUCCCCUACUCCCACUGCUACCUCCUCUUCCUCUUCCUCUUCACCCACCACCCCUACUCCAUCCUUGUCUCCCUCUUCUCCUACCCUUUUGAGUUCCCUCACCCUCUCCUCUGCGGUUCUCAAGUCCAGCGAUCGUAGCCUUGACAGCUCCAGCCUCAGCGGCUGCAAGGAGGGUGGCAUCAAACCUGUGAAUAACUGUCGAUGAUGAAGAAGAGGAGGAUGAGGAUAUGGGGGGAUGAUUUUCAAGCACCAUCACAUGAAGAGAAAUUUUGUUUUUUUACUGGACAUUUUGGCUCUUUCUUCUUUUUCCUCCUCCUACUUUUGACCUCAGUUCAGUAUGGAGAGUCUUAUCAUAUUUCCACGGCAAGAACUACCAUAUUGUAAAUGGAGUCACAGUCUUCUUGGACAAGUUCCCCACUCUGAUCUGGUUCCAUAGUUUCUCUGAAGUUCUCCCACACAGUCAUACUGCCAGUGUCCCAGCUAGAGAGCGCGCAAACGGGCCUCCCCUUCCCACCAUCUGCCUGCUGUAAGCUGAUGUGGUCUGGAUGGAUUUACUGACAGCACCAGUCUCAUAUAUACCCUCACUCGGUGGGUUGUUAGUGGAGUAGAUAUAAUAUCUAGACUGUGACUUUUAUCAUAGAAAAUAGAAUGCAAUAAUCACAAAGUGAGUCCUGUAGUUGUGUGUAUUCUGGAAAAUAUUGCUCUCACUUACCUGCAUCACCUGGCAGAAUGUGAGCCCUCUCAGAAAAAAAAAAAAGAAAAAAUCUAAAGUAGAUCAAGGUGAUGAUUGUGGUUUCAAGCUGUUUUGUGUCAAAAGGGCAUUUGUGGCUUUUCUUGCAUCACAUGUGUUUUAAACUCUGAACUGGUGCUAUAUUUUCCCCCUCUGUUUGUACACACUGUGUAAAGAGUUUACAUGAACUUCCCCGAUCUUUGACCUGCACUUUGGUGCAAGUGCAGAUUCCACUGUCUGCUUUGAUUUCAUAUUUCAUGCUAUUUGAAUAUUUAUAUGCAUCCAUUCCCUUCCAAAAUUUGGAAUUAAUUGUAUAAAAUAUUCAAUUUUAAAGUUUCUUUUUUUGGAAAAUUGAAAUUACUCUGAAAGCACACUGUAGGGAGCAGUCUUAUCACAGCACAUCUCUAUUUAAAAUGGGAGGAGGCACAGUUACACAAAUGGAAGGGAAAAAUGCAAAUUGUGUAUUUUAUACAAAUGUUGAAUUCCUGUAUAUGCGUACAAACGAGUUAAUUAUGACAAUCAGGAUGUUUUCACAGUAGCAUCUUACAGGUUGCUCUGGCAUUUUAGCACCUGACAUCACAAACCAUCCCAAAGACUCAAGCACACACAGCGAUGAAUAAUACACACAUUUUGUCAUACACGCUCGUGUAAAGCCAAGCUGCUAGUUUCUUGUUUCAGCAGUCGUGUGUGAUGAUUCAUUUUAAGUCACAUCUGUUGCACCACUGAAAAAGAGCACCCUGGUAAAAUACGCCAUAACAACUAGAACAUGAUUUCUGUCUUUACAGAAUCUGACUAACAGAUCAAAUGUUUUCUUUUUGGACACUUGCUUGUUUUGAACUUCAGAGUUUGCAUUUUGCAGGCCUUAUUGUAGGACAUAAUACCUUCUUUGAACAAGAACAAAAUAUAUCUUUCACUUUAGUGAAUUGAUCGCACUUCAACAUCUAUUACACUGUUUCAGCUCUUAAAUAGAUAAAGAAUAUUAAUCAGCACACAUUUAGAAACUUCAAAUGUGGGUCGACUCUUGAAGGAUCUGAGAGGAAAAUAUAGAAAUGUAAAUCGAGCACAGUUUCCUCUCAAACACAUGACCUUUACCGUUAAUUUUAACUUUGUGAAUCUGGAAAACUAUGACAAGCACAAAGCUACAAAUGUUUCCUGAGGGCAGAAAAAAACACCCCCACAUAUAUAAAAUGCUGCACACUAGAUUAUCAAUAUUGCUGUUGCCUCAUUUGGUUUAAUGACCUGCAUGUUGAGACAGAAAACAUUUCUGAAUGUUAGGUCUUUGGUGUGCCUCAGUGACAGAAGUUCAAGUUAUUAUUAUUUAAAGCACAUCAAAGGCCUGUCAGUGAUUCCCUAAGUGUAAAACCUGCACAAGGAGCCAUUUCGAAGCUUCCUGUCCUGUGUUGUUGCCUCAAGGCUGCCCACUGAGGAGGUGAACGGACAGUCAGAGACAAAGUCAUUUUUUUCAGUCAUUUCACCAGAAUGACUGUGUGAAAUCGAUUCUUUGUGGCAUUGAGAUUAAAACAUGUGCGAAGGGGCUCAUGUCAAAGAGUAGACAGCUUGAGGAGAGGGGAUUAGUUUGGGGACAUGUGUUUGAAGGCUACUUUAAUAAGGCCGGCUUUGACUUGCCUUGUCUCCAUCGAGGGUGCUUGUGAUAUAAAAGGCCCAAAGAGAUGAGAGGAAGGGUUUGACAGUCAGAGAGCCAUUAAACGGCCGCUCUUUCCCUGCCCCUUUCACUUUGCUUCGUCUUUGGUAUGGUGCGUCUGUGAAAUAAAAACCACUCAGUUGAGGUCAUGCUAGGACAAAGUUUGAUGGGCCUCAAUUAUUAAAAGUGUGUGCGAUAUGUAAUUAGCACUCUUGCAGUUUUACCGAGGUAGUGCUCUUGCCCUUUGAGAAACUCCUCCCUGUUUGUCUGUAAGGACUUGUAACAGUGUUUUUCCCAGUGCCUCUAAGACUUUGUUCUCGCCAGAAGUCCCCAGUUGAUCUCGUGUUACAGUAUUAGAUCAACAGCGAUGACAGAAUGACACUUUGACCCAAAGAAGAGGCUUGCGAAAACUGGCUUGUUUUUGCAGGAAAAAAAAAAAAAACUGAAAACAGCACUUGAAAUGCAGAGU